CACACAAAAUCACCAGUGAUACUCAGAGACACACCCAUCUGUCACACUCUGUACCAAUAUGGCUUACUGGAAAAAACAAACAGUUUCAGACAAGCUGUCCUCAAAUGUUGUGAUGACGUCAUACUGUAUGAUCAAGUUUCUGAUUGGCUGAUCAACAAACCUAAGCUCCGCCCUCAGGAACAUGUGUCACUCUUCAAACUCGUGAUCACACGGAAAAGGCAAACCAUAAACGUUUCGAGGACACACACUUAAUCGAAACCUAGAUUCACUUCCUCUUGCAUCAUCAUCUUCACCAUCUUUUUCUGCCUGCCUGUUGUCGUGGUAACCACGGGAUGGUCAUAGGUUUAUGACUUUAUGGCCCUUCUGAGUAAAGUCCUCUUAAAACUCUGUCUCACACACACACACUCACUCACUCACUCACACACACUCACACAGAGGAGACGGUUGGACUGUUUGCACUUUUGGGAUUUGUUGUAAAUACGCUGUUUUUAUGCUGUAGCUGUAGUGUGUUAUUAAGAGUGUGUUGUUCUCUAGGACAGUGUGUGUUAGCUGGUUGUAUCUGUUAGUGCGUACUGUGUGUGUGUGUGUGUGUGUGUGUGUGUGUGUGUGAGCUCUGUGGUAGCAUUAGCCUGUAGAUUUGUACUUAAUAACACUCAGGGCCUGUUAGUGCACUGCGCUGCAGUGUGUGUUAGCUUUAUAGUAGCAUUGCUGAAGCGUGUGUGUGUGUGUGUGUGUGUGUGUGUGUGUGCGCGUGUGAGUGAUCAUGUCAAUGGCGGUGGAGUUACUGGGCUUCUUGCUGUGUGUGGGUGGGUGGCUGCUGAGCGGCGUGAGUUUAGCGAAUAACUACUGGCGUGUAUCGUCGUACGUGGGCAGCGUGGUCAUUUCCACACGGCAGUAUGAGAACCUGUGGCAGGCGUGUGCGGAGGCCAGUACAGGCAUCACGAACUGCAGACUGUUCGAGUCCAUGCUCGCACUGGAUGCCUACGUGCAGGCGUGUCGUGCUCUGAUGAUUAUAGCCCUGCUGCUCGGCCUCGCCUCGAUCCUCCUCUCUGUCCUGGGACUGAAGUGCACUAAACUGGGCGGCAUGAAGGAGACGAGUAAAGGACGUCUCACACUCACUGCUGGAUUGCUGUUCAUACUGUCUGGUUUGUGUGUGUUGACGGCUGUAUCGUGGUACGCAUCACGCAUCAUUCAGGAGUUUAAUGACCCCUUUUACGUAGGAACGAGGUCUGAGCUGGGUACCGGUCUGUAUUUGGGUUGGGCCGCAGCGGCGUGUGUGAUUAUGGGAGGAGCCAUGCUGUGUGGAUCAUUCAAGAGAGCAAGAUCACCCAAACCCUCAGGUGGUUACAGGUAUAAGUCGUCAGCCAAUCAGCAGAUCUAUAAAACAGGUGCUCAGUCAGAGAGCAGCAGCUCCAGAGCGUACGUUUGAACCCAGCACCUGUACCACUCUACACACACUGGAAAUGAAAAUUGUCUAUAAAACCGAAACAUACCGUGUGUGUGUGUGUGUGUGUGUGUGUGUGUGCGUGUGUGUGUGUGCGUGUGAGUGUGUGAGUGCUUGUGAGUGUGUUGUUUGCGGUGUUACACAUGAUGUCUUUGUGCUGUUAAUGUGAAUAAUGUUUGUGAAAUUGUGGGCUCUUGCCUUUGCCUUUAUGAAUUAGAGUGUUUCUGUGUGUGUUUUUUUUUUUUUUUUUUGAGGGGGCUUCACAUUUUUUAGUAAUAACAACAAUAAAUUAUAUUUUUAUAACUUCUGUUUUGGGUAAUUAGAGUAAUUGAUAAUUUGGGUUAAUUUUUUUUCUAUAUAUGGAGUUGGAUAAUAUUUUGGAAUUUGACAGAAUAAGGAAUAAAUUGAAAUUGUGCAUAUUUCUUUUAUUGUGUGUGAUAUGAAUAAAUCAGAAUGGAUAAACACGCCA